ACGCGGGACGAGCGCGGCGCGGAGCCAAUAAGGAAGGGAGGUUGGGAAUGCCCGCCCACCCGCCGCGGGCGGCCAAUAGAGGCCGCCGCCGCACUUCGGCGGCCAAUCGCGUGUCGCUCGAGGGGUGGGGAUGGAGCGGGGUUCCUUGCACGCCCCUGUGGGAACGCGAGGCGCAUGCGCAGAAGGAAGGGCCGGGCUCGCAACCCGGAAAUGAAGGGCGGGCACGCUUCGGCCGCUCCCCCGCCUUCCGCGCUCGAGCGCUGUGGCAGGAGAUGGACUGGGAGCAGCUGGAGCUGAACCCCAGGGUGGUCGCAGCCCUGAGGAAAGUAUUUAUAAACAUUCCUCUAAUUUCAGCUGACAUAAAAUCAAUAAAAGAAGUUUUAAAUCUUUCCGGAGCAGACUUGCAAAGACUGAUGAAACUGUCCAGUGCAGAUGCAGAGUGUCUGCUGAAAACCGUCUCUCACUCGCUGAGGAGAAAUUGCAUGCUUACAGCACUUCAGCUCUACCAAGAUAAAGAUCAUUUUGCCUCCCAACACCAGAAACUAAGCCUGGGAUGUUCAGUACUAGAUAACUUGUUAAAAGGUGGCAUCCCUUUAGUGGGAAUCACAGAACUUGCUGGAGAAAGUUCUGCUGGGAAGACUCAAAUUAGUUUGCAGCUAUGCCUUUGUGUGCAGUACCCUUACAAAUACGGUGGAUUAGAGUCUGGGGCUGUCUAUGUUUGUACAGAAGAUGCAUUCCCAAGUAAACGUUUGCAGCAACUCAUAGAUCAACAGCAUAAGCUGCGUGCAGAUGUUCCACCUGAAGUCAUACAGAAGAUCAGAUUUGGAAACAACAUCUUCGUCGAGCAUGCAGCAGACCUAGACACCUUCCACAACUGCAUUACUAAAAGGAUUUCCCUGCUGCUCAAACGAGGCAUGGUGCGGUUGGUGGUCAUAGACUCUAUUGCUGCGCUAUUUCGAUGUGAGUUUGGAGCUUCGGAUUCUGUUUUGAAGGCUCGAUAUUUGCAGAUGUUCGGAGCACAGCUUCACAGUUUAAGCACGCGAUUCAGCACUCCGGUUGUGUGCAUUAAUCAGGUGACCGACGCAGUGGGUGAGUCGGAAGCUGCUCAGUGUGGCUGUAGUUCAGUGGAUAACAAAGUCACUCCAGCACUUGGAAUAACCUGGGCAAAUCACCUGCUAAUGAGACUGAUGGUCAGCCGAGUAUCACAACGUGACCAGUUGUCUGGAGCUGUGUUUCACCACACUGGAAACGUGAGGACUUUAAGAGUGGCUUUUGCUCCUCAUCUACCUCCAUCCUUUUGCUGCUAUACAGUAGAAUUGGAAGGUGUGAAAGGAAUAAAGUAAGUCCUUUGCAUAUUAAAACAUGCUGCUCCAAAAGUGUAUCGAAACUGCUUUGCUUCAGGAAGGAUCAUUAAUAAGAUGCAAUUCUUCCUCGGUGGGGGAAUGGAUGCUGAACUCCAUGAGAGGUGAUACGACAACACAUUAUGCGUUUUUUACAGUAUGAGAAGGUCUUUUUAUAUUUGGAUAUAUUUACUGGUGUUUCUAGUCCUCAUGCUGCCAUUAAGCACACACAGCUGUUCUAUCAGCAGAGUCUCAGAAACAACCAUUAUCACAAAGCAGCUAUUCUUUUUUAGAUUUCUUUUUUUAAUCCUGAUAUUAAAAAGUACCAGAAAGUUACUUGAUUUUAAUGUCUUAUUGCAAGAACUAAAAUUGUACUGUUCUUGUACAUAUCUACCUUUGAGGAAAUGUCUGCAGGUACUUUGGAAGUGGUUCUUUUCCACUCCAUUCUCAUUCGCUCCCCUCAUAGCAGAAGCCUAGUUGACCUCUUCCACUUAAAAAAUAAAAAGAAACUACACACCCAAAUCCCCUUGUUCUAUUUUCCCCAUCUCAAACUGCAUAGUAACCACACAGUCCCAGCUCUGUUCUUGUUCUUCCUCAUUCCUUGCACUGCUCUGUUUUGUUGGAUAGAGGGAGCAUUCUUGAUUAUCUUCUGCAUCUCUUCCUCCAGCUGUAGUAUCUGUCUCUACUGCUUUUCUCAGAGGAGUUUGGUAGAGCCUUUCAUGUUUUUCUUUGCAUCUUUGUACUAUUUAUCAUAUCUUUUUUUCUGCUGGCCUCAAGCCUACUGCUAUGAUGGGUGCUUUUUCUGGUCAUCACUGCAUUCAGGGCCGAAGAAAGCCCAAUUAGAGUCAUCCACAAUUUCCAGAGGCUUUAAACCUUACUCUGCCUAUGUUAUGUGGGUGUGAGCUGUGAUCAGUGUUUGAUGCCCACUUGUAUCGUCCUUGUUAAGCUUUUAAACAGAUCCCUUCCCCCCAACACCCCUCUCCUUGCUUCCCCAGGUCCCUAAACAGGAGCAGUGUCUGCCAUGUUAGAGAGUCCUGGCUUUCUGUUGUUACAUUUCUCAGUUCUGUCUUUAGGUAAUUAGCACCUUUUGUUCUCCCUACUACACUCAAACCUUGGACCUGAACAAAGGAAACACAAAGCAAGUAGAAUAAUGCUGCUUUGCGUUCUUCUGACAUCCCUGCAGUCACCUCAGGGGACCUUGUGCAAUGAUGUAGCAAGUUGGGUCUAAAGCCCUAUUUAAAAAAAAAAAACCAAAAAAAAACUUCAUUAUGUGUAUUUGGAUGUGACCAGUCUCUAUUUUUUUUAAUAAAAUCCAACCAUGAAGAUU